CUGGCAGAAGCUGAUUAGAGCACUCAGCAGACACAGGUGGUGGUCGGCAGUAUCUGACCGAACAACCGUAAACAGAAGAAACCAUGAAGAACGAAGGUAUAGAGGGCACGGAGAGGUUCCUGAGCCCGGGCAAAGGCAGAGGCCUGCGGGCAGUGAGGCACUUCGAGGUGGGGGAGCUGGUGUUCGCCUGCCCUGCCUACUCCUACGUGUUGACAGUGAAUGAAAGGGGAGCGCACUGUGAGCACUGCUUCACAAGGAGAGAGGACCUUUUUAAGUGUGGCAAAUGUAAGCAAGCCUACUACUGCAAUGUCGACUGUCAGAGAGGGGAUUGGCCCAUGCAUAAGCUGGAGUGUGUAGCUAUGUGUGCCUAUGGGGAAAACUGGUGUCCAUCAGAGACUGUCAGACUGGUCGCUAGACUCAUCAUGAAGCAGAGAGUUACAACAGAACGAACCCCUUCAGAAAGGCUGCUACUGUUCAAAGAGUUUGAAUCCCAUUUAGAUAAGAUGGACAGUGAGAAGGAGGAGAUGAACCAGGCUGACAUAGCAGCGCUGCACCACUUCUACUCCAGACACAUCAGUGACCUCCCCAACGAACAGGCUCUCACUGAGCUCUUUGCACAGGUUAACUGUAAUGGUUUCACCAUAGAGGAUGAGGAGCUGUCCCAUUUGGGAUCAGCUGUUUUUCCUGAUGUAGCACUGAUGAAUCACAGCUGUAGUCCUAAUGUCAUAGUGACCUAUAAAGGCACAGCAGCUGAGGUCAGAGCUGUUCAAGAGAUAAACCCUGGAGACGAGAUCUUCAACAGUUACAUAGACCUGCUCUAUCCAACAGAGGACAGGAAAGAGAGGUUGUUAGAUUCCUACUUCUUCACAUGCCAGUGUACUGAGUGCACCUCCAAGUCUAAGGAUACAGAAAAAAUGGAGAUCAGGAAGCUGAGUUCUCCACCAGAGCCAGAGGAAAUCCGAUCUAUGGUCCGUUACGCCAAAAAUGUCAUCGAGGAGUUCAGGAGAGCCAAACACUACAAGACCCCCAGUGAGCUGCUGGAGAUGUGUGAGCUUAGCCAGGAGAAGAUGGGAGCUAUAUUUGCAGAUACCAACGUCUACAUGCUGCACAUGAUGUAUCAGGCCAUGGGUGUCUGUCUCUACAUGCAGGACUGGGAUGGAGCUAUGAGCUACGGAGAGAAGAUCAUUCAGCCAUACAGUGUUCACUACCCAGCAUACUCUCUAAAUGUGGCAUCUAUGUAUCUGAAACUGGGACGUCUGUAUUUGGGGCUGGAGAAGAAGUCACAGGGAGUCAAAGCUCUGAAGAAGGCAGUUGCCAUCAUGGAGGUGGCUCAUGGGAAAGAUCACCAUUAUGUAGCAGAAGUCAGACGAGAAAUCGAGGAGCAGAAGUAAACGAGGUGCAGCAGGAGGAGAAAAAGAUUAACGAGAGGCACUGGAUUGGGAAACCUCUCUUAAAGCAACAAAAUUCACAUCACUACUGCAUGCCAUGCAUCUAAUACCUCUCCGUUUUCCAUCGCCCACUCUAUUUUUCUUGCCUCUCUUGAGUCAGGGUUUCUUUUUUCAUGUCAACUGUCAACGUACUGUGGCUGAGGAUGACCACAUUUUGUAUCUGCAGCUACUUCAGUGAGAAACAGACAAAUUGGGGUUAAAAUGUUUGCGAUGAAAAGAGUCUAGUUAGUCUCACAGUUCUAACCUUGAACUUCAUUCGAAAAUGUUGUUUUCUGUGUGCUGAAGCCCAUUAAAUCCAUAUUGUAAUUCAAAAAAGGAGAUCAUCAGUGGAGAAAAGAAAAACUUUAAUACUGCCUUUAAAGCUGCCUUUCAAAAGAAACAAAACUUUCAUGUGACAGCUACUUAAGCUUUAUUUUCUGAUGUGAAAUUCUGUCCAGUUUUUCUUUCCAUGUGAGUCUGAAAUCAUUCAGUGUUCUAUAGACUGCCUAUGUUCUACUAUUACUUAUAUCUUUGGCUGCAGUUUUAGCUGCACAGCUGUGCUCCAGAGCAGCUCUUCAAUUAUUUGGACUUCUGUACAAACAGGCAAGUAGUUGUUACGGAGGGCAUUACUGUUUAUUCACAGACAUUUUAAAUCUGUCAAAUAUUCCGCAACAGAGUUUCUGGCUUCAUUGAUUCAUAUUUAAACUGUGAAAAAAAGAUAACUGACCAUGCAUCAGGCACUCUGUAGCAACGGAGAAGAGAAUGCAAAGAACUAUUCCUGAUUGAAACCAGUGCUUGUCUUACAGUAUGUUCCACUUGUUUUAAAGAACCUGAAAAGGUGUUGCAUGUUUAUGUUGUGUGUUUUGUUUUUCAUAUGAGGCUUGUUGACCAAAAGGGCCACGGGUUUAAUUGACAAGGAACCAGCUAUAAUUAUCUAUUCACAGUUUAUCCUUAAACAGGGGUGCUGAUCUGAGACCUGUUUGCCUCUUAAGUCAGAGCGAAGACAUUGGUACUAUGACCUAACCAAUGAUCCUGGAUCAGAGCCCCUUUGCUCUCAGGAAAAAAAGGCGCAACACCGUAGCUUUUGUUGCCUUUUGUCAAGAGAUAGGUUAUUGUACCUUUUUAAUGUUUUCUCAGAAACAUCAUGAAUCCAGAUUCAUAACCCUGGGAAUGAAAUCACCUUCUCAUCAGUGGGCAGAAUACUAACAUAUGGUAGAACUAGGUAGAAUAUAAUUAGACAUACACCUGAUAACAAUGGGGGGGAUAACAUUCUCUCUAGACACAUUUAAUUUUAUAGUCAACAAGCAUAAAUGCAUCUCCCUUUAAUCUCUGCUUCAGUGCAAAGUUAGGUUUUGCACUCUAGUAAGCAUAACAGACUGAGAGGAAUCAUAACAAAUUUUUCCAACAAGGCAACUUUUUAAGGAAGCAUUACCUUCAGCAAAAUGGGUGCUCAAAACUCAUAAAAUGUGUGUCAUUGGUACAGUAGGUUGUCAUAAAUGGACGUGUUGUCUGUGUGUUGUGGUUUUAAAUGAUCCUGAAUCAUGAGUAGGAGGGAAGGAGCAGUUACAGGUUGUAAAACUGUAGUUUCUCUCUGCUGCAGAUUUGACGAAAUCGUUAUAUAGAAAUACCAUGUAAAAGGCGGCGGGACUUCCUGUUUUUUCAGUUUUUAUUUUAAGGAGUAAGCAUGUGGUAUGGAAGGCUUAAAAGGCGGCUUUAAAAACUACAAUGGAAAGGAAAUGCAAAGAUCAUCACCUGGGCCUUAUUUAAGGGUUCUUGUUGCACUAAAAUUUUCUAACAAAACGAUGUCAAAAAGCAAACCUGCAUGCACAUUUUGUUUCAUUUUUAUCAGCUUCUGUGGCUGGACAGUUGGCCUGCCUGCAGUCGUCACACAGUAACACGAGUCACACAUCUAAAUCCUGUGUACUUUUCAAUGCCUGUAGCUUCUCCCUCUUCCUUACUAUGGAUGCAAUUUUAUGCACCACAUGAAUGUGGGUAACUGGGGGUUAGAAAUAGCCCGUUGUAAUGAAUUGCUUGUGGUCAUAUUUGUAGCAACUCCUGCAUUGGUGACUCUUAGUCGCCUGCAAAAAUGCAUGUAGAAGGUGCCUGCCUUACAGCUUUGCACAGGUAAUCCAAAAUCACCAAUCAGCAACUGUGUUUCACAAGUUUAUUUUUGUCUAUGUUUUUACAAAAGAAAGACACAAAGAAAAGAGUUUCUGUAGGCUGGUUUGCACAAACCAAAUGAUAUCUAAACCUCUGCCAGAUUUGAGCACUUCAUUUAAUUUCUGGCACUCUUAGGAAAUGCAAUGAUUUGUUUCUUUUUUUCUGUGAUGUCAGAAAAGAUGUGGUACAAGGGUUAAAACAGUAAAAUCCAGACUCAUUUUGCACGUACAAAACCAGGGAUAGGACACCCAGAUGAUGUUUUCUGCCAUUUCUGUAAUGAACUGUUACUUUAUCAGGCAUGAAUGUUAUUUUAUUGGAAUGCAAAACUAAAAUCUGAGCCUCUGAUUCUUUCUGUAUCAUGUCAGUGGAACUCAAUAAAAUGCAGUAUGGCA